AUGCAACCUCCGGCGGUUCUGCCCAGCUCCAUUGUGGUUCCAGACUUUAUUCUGCGCUCUUCGUCGUAUUUAUGGUAUUACUGCCAGAACGCCGUUAACGCUAUCCCUGGGAGUAGUUAUGUGGUGGACUACGUCAAAAGAUCGCAUCAACAAGACCCCUACCGGACUAUCGUGGAGGUGUUCUUGAUCAUCUAUGGGAUUAUAUACUUUCUGCGGAAUCCGCGCAAACAGGGAGUUCAGGAGGGCCCCAAAAUGUCUACCAAGGAAGUGGACGCUUUGUUGGACGAGUGGCAACCGGAGCCUUUAGCACAGGAUGCGUCCACAGUCGAAUGGCGCACCAAAAAGAUCCCGGUCGUGUUGAAUUCGAGCUCGGGCUCUCAUGUCGAUGUCGUGCGCAACGACGGUGCUGAACGCUACUCCGAUGUUCUGAACUGUGCCUCCAACAACUUCCUGCAACUGUCAUGCGAGCCCAGCGUUAUCAAAAUAGCCAAAGACACCAUCCAGAACUACGGGGUCGGUGCCUGCGGACCUGCCGGUUUUUACGGUAACCAAGACGUUCAUAAUCAUUUGGAAUAUGACUUGGCGCGCUUUUUCGGCACCGAAAACGCGGUAUUAUAUGGUCAAGAUUUUUGUAUCGCAGCUUCAGUGAUUCCUGCGUUCACCAAGCGUGGUGAUGUGAUUGUUGCGGACAACAAGUGUAGCGUUUCUCUACAGAAUGCACUACAAUUGAGUCGUUCUACCGUUUACUAUUUCGAUCACAAUGACACGGAAGCGUUGGAGGAACUUUUGCAGCAACUGCAAGAACGCGACUUGAAGGAAAAACUUCCAGCGCUACCAAGAAAGUUUAUUAUCACUGAGGGCUUGUUUCACAACUCUGGUGACAUUCCGCCUUUGCCUAAGCUCGUGGAAUUGAAACGCAAAUACAAAUACAGGCUUUUGGUGGAUGAAACCUUUUCACUGGGUGUCCUGGGAGCUACUGGUCGCGGUAUUACCGAGUAUUUCAAUAUGCCUCGCCAGGAAUCUGUGGACAUCACUAUUGGAUCUAUGGCCACUGCCCUGGGCUCUUCCGGUGGGUUUGUACUGGGUGAUAAUUCUAUGUCCUUACAUCAAAGAAUUGGUUCCCACGCAUACACAUUUUCGGCCUCGCUACCUGCAUUUACCGUGACAACCGCUUCUGAAGUUUUAAGGCGUUUAGAUGAAGAUAAUUCCAUAGUGCAACGACUUCGUUUACUCUCUAACCAGAUGCAUGAGUUUUUCAGCCAGGAUAAAGAAUUACAGCCACUUAUUGAGGUUACAUCCGACAAAGAUUCUUGCGUUCUACACUUUAGGCUCACAGAGGAUAUGAGAUUCAAGAAAUUUCAUUACACGGAGGAGUCAUUAUUCGAGGAAAUCUCUGCCAUGCACACCAAAUAUUUGACAAACAAACACAUUGAGUCUUACGAAUCUGAAGAAAAAUUCUUGCAACAAAUUGUGGAUUAUGCUUUGAAGGAAUAUAACGUUCUCAUUAGCCGCAAUACAUUUGUUUUGAAACAUGAAACUUUACCGGUAACUCCAAGUCUGAAGGUCUGUUGCGGAGCCCAAAUGGCCGACCAGGAUUUGUUCCGUGCAUGCGACGGUGUGAAAACAGCGAUAUUGAGCGUUGUCAACACGACGCAAGAAACUGCAUGA